AUGUACACUGCUGUACAGUAUUACUUCUACGAUGAGAACUACACAGAGCUGCUGGACUGGAAUGUGAGUGAACAUGUUUGCCAGGAUGUAGUCCUUCCUCUCUCUCACAUCUACCUGCCCCUGUUCUACUUUCUCAUAUUUUUCACGGGCGUCUCAGGAAACUUCUUCGUGAUUGCAGUCAUGUGUGGGAAGCACAAGAGCAGCCGGCUGGUGGAUACCUUCGUGGCCAACCUGGCGAUGGCUGACCUGGUGUUUGUCUUCACGUUGCCACUGUGGGCGGUGUCUGCUGCUCACCACCACCGCUGGGACUUUGGCAAUGCCCUCUGCAAGCUUAGCAGCUACAUCAUCGCCGUCAACCGCUUCUCCAACAUCUUCUUCCUCACCUGCAUGAGUGCCGACCGCUACCUGGCCGUGGUGCGCCUGCUGGACUCUCGUUUCCUGCGGACCGGGCGUGGCGUGCAGCUCACCUGCGGGGCCGUGUGGGUGUCCUCGCUGCUCCUGGGCGUCCCCUCGUUGGUCUUCCGUGGUGUGGUGCACCACACAGGCGAUGACCUCUGUGUGGAGGAUAGGGAGUCACCCGUGUUCCUGGGCCUGAGCCUGGCCUCCUUCUUCCUGGCCUUCCUGCUUCCUGUUGCGGUAAUCCUCUUCUGCUACGGGUCCAUCCUUGCCAGGCUGCGGCACCACAGAGUACCCAGGAACCCGCAGAGGGACACGAGGCGCCGGCACUCACUCAAGAUCGUCUUCGCCAUUGUCGCGGCCUUCCUGGUCUCUUGGCUACCUUUCAACACUCUCAAGGGUGUCCUGAUGGGCUCCAGGGUCCUGGGCGUGACCCUCUCCUGCAAGACGCACAACCUCCUCGCUCACGGCCUCAUCCUCUCAUCCUGCCUGGCCUUCUUCAACAGCUGCGCCAAUCCAAUCAUCUACCUUCUCCUGGACCGACACUUUCAGAGCCGUGCCCGUGGCUUCUGCUUUGGGGGUCUGGGCCUGUACCAGGGGGCGUCUCAUACCCCCUCCGUUGGCGCCUCUGACACCCACUCUGGGUCUGCCAUCUCCCGCACCCGCCUCUCCUCCAUCAACCUGUCCAAGUGA